GAUAUGAAGAGGGAGUUCCAGGAGCUCCAGGCCCGCCGCGGGCCGUGGGAGGAGCUUCACAGUCCUGCUUCCGGCAACCGCGUGUGGCUGCACACUACAUCCAACCUCAUCGUUCGUGACAUCCCGCAGGAGGCCACGCAGCGGCUGCCCCAGCUGGUCCUAUGGCCGGCCCUGCUGAACCUGCGCCGUGGCCCCCAGGACUCGCGGGUGCUCCACCCGCGCCGGCUGCGGCCCCGGCAGCGCACCGCGCCCCGGGUGCCGCGAGCGCCCGUGGACCCCCGAGUGUACGCGCAGCUGUCCACCUGGGAUGAGGUCAAGUCGGCUCACACCGCCUGGCUUGCUAAGGCCCAUGAAGCGGUGGGAAACAAGCGUGCCGUCAAGCUCGUCCUGGCAUUUGCUACCCAGUGCCACUCAGAGGUUGACAUGCACAACGUCAUGCCUGCAGUUGAAGUCACGUGGAGCUUGAGCCCCAAGCAGACCAUGAUGUUCCAGCUCGUCAACCGUGGACCGGGCAGGGUCUUCGUGAGGGCUUGCCGCACCGUUAUCUCAGAACACAUUGAGGAGCUCCUGUACCUCUUCGGGCCCGUCCAGUCGGUAGUGCCCAGCGUCCCGGAGCCUCGCGCAGAGCUGGUUUCCGCUGCUGCGCCAGCCCGCCUGUCUGCCCGGCAGGCCCUUGGGGCCCCUGGCUCGGCCGCUGUCGCCGCCUUCGCUGCAGCGCCGGCCG